UAGCUGAGAAGGGUCAGCUAGUCCAGCAAGAGCUUAAUAAGCACCGUAUUCAGCUUAUCUAGCUCCCAAUAACUGCAAGGCCUUGAAGUUGUUCUUCUGGCCUUGAAGGCAGCUGUGGUCCAACAACAGAAUGUCUGUGAUAAGGUAAACAUGUAACUGUAAGAAAGGAAUUUCGGGCGGAACUGUCUUUUUAGAACUAACCAAUAAUGAGCUCUCAUUUUGCAAUAUGUAUGAGCUAAUUAUGAGUGUGCAUAAAAGAAUGGCAGUGUGUCUAAAUAAACGAAGCUUGCUGGUCACUCAUAUUGAGUGCUCAUGUCUUCCCUCCGUCGCAACAAAUGGCGCCCAACGUGGGGCCAGGACCCUAUACAGGGUGGAACCUGUGAACAGGGACCCUGUACAGGGCUGAACCUGCGAGCCACGGUUCGGCGGAGCCCGGGAACCGGUCCUGUAAGCAGCGCAGGAGGCGAAAGGGACGAAUCCCCGCGCCCAGGAGCACCUAUAGAGGGUCCUGUGAAGGCGAAAGGGAAAUCCCCGCGCUCGGGAGCACCUAUAGAGGGUCCUGUGAAGGCGAAAGGGAAAUCCCCGCGCUCGGGAGCACCUAUAGAGGGUCCUGCCAGCCACGCGUCGCCGAAGUCUUGCAAAGGCUGCAACAGCGCUGACGAAGGUACCAUUUGGGUUCCCAGCCGAUGGGUGAGGCCUGCUGUCGAACGCACUGACGACUACGGCCACGCCUAAUGACGACGAGGGACUCCACAGAAGAGCACUACUUCGUCUGUAUUGGACAUUUUAGACAAAAGGUGUAAGAAUAGCAUCAAAAUCUCACAGUUAUGGGCUGUUAGCACACAAGACUGGCACAGACUAUGUCACCGUUUUAAUAAUAUGUAUCCUCAUCAAAGGCGAAAUAGAGGGCACUGCUGUCAAAAUUACACCGCACAAUCUCAUUGAUCCUCGCGAGAAUGUAUGGGUGACUUUAGCCCGGUCACUCAAUACAACCAGUUUCUGUGCCAGCCUGGCAUCACCCAGAUCCCCAUUCACCACCUGUCUUACAGGAGUGCCUUUAACCAGUGCCACCUUUGUGAUGUUCAAUCAAUCUUUCUCAGAAUUGCGAUUGCAAUAUAAUGUGGCUGGUAAACUUCCGUUCAAUUGGAACAACACCUCCGACAUGUUUGAUGAGUAUGAUAGUUGGGAUGAUAAACUCCCAAUAGGUCCUGAGCCACAAGAAAUUGAUCUAGCGGACUCCCUUGACGCUAGCUGUUGUAUCUAUAUUGGUCUGAGGCACUGGUCAGGUGAUGAAAAGGAGGGGCGCUGGGUCAAUGAGUCAGUCCCCACAAGCCUUACUCCAAUAGGCGAUUCUACUACAUGGGAAGAUACAUGGUGCCAGAGACUGGCCCGCAACAAGAGCGAUUCGGCCCCUGGCACCAUGCUGCCCAGGCGCCUCCCUAAAGGAUUCUUUUUAAUAUGUGGCAACCGUGCCUGGGCAGGAAUUCCCUCCAACCCUCAGGGAGGGCCAUGCACAAUAGGUCAACUCAGUUUAGGCGCGCCGCAACACCACCCUAACUCGACUCACAGAUACCGCUUUAAAAGGGGUCUUACACAGGCUUUACAAUCAACCUGUAACGAUGAUGUUGCACUUUGGAGUAAGUGGAAGAUUAUAUUCACAUCUUUAUUUACACCAGGUGUCGCUGCGGCUCGAGCUCAUAAAAAUAUAGAAAACUUGGCAUGUUGGGUUGUGAAGCAAUCCAAUGCCACAAGCAGAGUUCUCUCAGAGUUGUCAGAGGACCUGUCAAUGGUACAGCAUGCUGUGCUGCAGAACAGAGCCGCGAUAGAUUUCCUGUUACUAGCCCACGGGCAUGGCUGUGAGGAUUUUGAUGGAAUGUGCUGUAUGGAUUUAUCUGACCAUUCUAGAUCUAUUCAUAAAGAAAUCCAGGAUCUCAUAGGGCACUCCCAGAAGGUACAGCAAGAUACUGUGUUCUUUGGUCUAGAUGCUCUGGGAAGCUGGAUGGGAUUAAGUGGAUGGCUUAAAAGUGUGUUACAAACAGGAUUGUUGAUCUUAAUCAUAAUAGUGAUAGUAUUACUCUGCUUGAGCUGUGUGUCUUCUUGUAUCAAAACUCUUUUUAUGAGAAUUAUUAAUCAAGUUUAUAUCGCCCAAAAUAAAAACGGGAGAAUUGUGGGAGACUGGCUAGCUGAGAAGGGUCAGCUAGUCCAGCAAGAGCUUAAUAAGCACCGUAUUCAGCUUAUCUAGCUCCCAAUAACUGCAAGGCCUUGAAGUUGUUCUUCUGGCCUUGAAGGCAGCUGUGGUCCAACAACAGAAUGUCUGUGAUAAGGUAAACAUGUAACUGUAAGAAAGGAAUUUCGGGCGGAACUGUCUUUUUAGAACUAACCAAUAAUGAGCUCUCAUUUUGCAAUAUGUAUGAGCUAAUUAUGAGUGUGCAUAAAAGAAUGGUAGUGUGUCUAAAUAAACGAA